AUGUCGUUCCUCCCUCUUGCCACCUUGUCGGCAUCAUCAAGUAGCCGCCAUCGCCAAUCUGCUCCUUCGCGAUCCCGCGCGGCUUUCUCGGUAUUCGAUCUCGACAUCGAUGUCGAAACUGCCGCCCUUAUCGCGAAGCUCCAGCUGGAAGACAUCGAGGACAGUCUGUCCAGACGUAAGGGGAAAGGACGCGCAAGGGCUGUUCUGUCGGAUGAGGAGUACGCGAUUCAAGUUCAGCGCGAGCAGUAUGAAGAGCUGCUCACUGUUGCCCAAGACGCCAAGAUAGCUGCGAGCCUUCGAGGUGCAGUGGAGACUGAUAUCGCCUACAUCGAGGCGCUUAUGCUUGCUGAGGAAGCAGCGAGAGAAGACAGGCGCGCCGCCGAGAUGCUGUCUCGUGGAGAACAGCUUCCGCCCCAGAAGGAUUGUCAGAUUCGCCUGGAAACCCCGGGCUUCAUCAUGCAUCCUGAGCCACCGAAGCAGAUGCUCGACGAUAAAGGAUCUGAGAAGACCGUUGCCGUUGUAGACAGUGAUGACGAGGAUGUCCUGCUUUCGGAUGAUGAUGACACCGUCUUCGGCGACUUCGACUCCAACAAACAGGCAGCUAUUGUCAACUCGGUCAAAAUUAGGAAUUCCUUCAGCAAGAACUCUGUAGCUCCAGGGCCUAGCAUCAAUCGAAACAAAAAAGUUCACUGCAUUAUUUGCAACGACACCCUCCCUUAUGUAGACGCCCUUCAAACCCCUUGCAAUCACAACUACUGCAAAGAUUGCAUUCGCAGCCUGGUUGAACUGUGUACUCGUGACGAGUCCCUUUUCCCAAUCCGCUGCUGCCAAACGCCUAUUCCCAUUACCAACAUCUUCCCUUUCAUUGCUAUUGGCCUACGCCGGCUCUUCGAGGCUAAACACGCCGAAUUCAGUGUCCUCUCCAAGGAUCGUGUCUAUUGUGUCUCGCCGACUUGCUCAGCUUUUCUGGGAUCAGGAAACGGCAGCACUGGCACUGAAAUGAACUGCCCUCAAUGCGGCAUGUCGACUUGCCCCCAGUGCAAGCAAGCUGGACACCCCAACGACCCCGACUGUUCUGUCAAUAAAUCCACCAUCGAGCUGCGCGCACUCGCUAGACGUGAAGGCUGGCAGACCUGCCCGGGGUGCUACGCGGUCGUUGAGCUCAACGUCGGGUGCUACCACAUGACCUGCCGCUGCCGCACUGAGUUCUGUUACUUGUGCGCGGUUCCAUGGAAGGGGUGCCAAUGCCCUCAAUGGGAGGAGGCGCGGCUUGUGGCUGCGGCGCAACAACGUGUCGAGAAUGAGAUGGGCCCUCAGGCAGUGCGGAAUGUACUGCCUAACGUCUUCGCGGAACGUGUGCAGCAGAGGGUGGAGACAUUAAGGGAUAAUCAUCAUUGUGACCGUCAUAAUUGGACAUACCGUCAUGGCGGCGGUCGCUGCGAGGAGUGUCACUUCAAUCUACCCAAUUUCCUUUUGGUUCGCGUCUGCCUCCUUUUACCCAUUCUCUUCACUGACCAAAUCCUCAGAUUUGCCGAGGCUGCUCACUGCUUGCCUGUGUUCGCUGCAGCAGGAACCGGCUGUGAUUAUAGCUCAAGAGGCUUUUUUCCUUGCGAAAUACAGGCAAACCUCUGA